GUCUCUCCGUUCUCACGUGUCCUGUGCUCCUCCCGCUCCUCUUCUCCCGAAACCUCCUCAAUCGUCUCUCUUUGUCUCCUUGCCUCCUCUCUCCAACUUUCUCCGUGCUGCUCGACCUCUGGUUCCUCGUGUCCUCACCUCUCUUCUUACCGACCCGCUCGUUCCUGUCUCCAAUCUCUCAGCUCUUUUCCCCCACCUGGGGCAAAUGUAGUCGAGGACCAGCGGCUCUUCAAGGUGAAGCGCCCUCCUGGAGAGCCGCCUGUGUUCAAAGCACACUACGCUGCUAGAGGCUUCAAACAGCGCAAGGGGGUGAACCCCUCGCACUUACGCUGAGGCGACCUCGGAAACUUGGGCCUCUCAGUGGAUAGCUGCCAUGGAGCAGGAGAUGGCAUCUUGGAGAUCCACCUGCACCUACAUCGACGCAGUUCCCCCACCUGGGGUGAAUGUAGUCGAUGGUCGGUGGCUCUUCAAGGUGAAGCGCCCUCUUGGAGAGCUGCCUAUGUUCAAGGCACGCUACGAGGCUCAAGGCUUCAGUCAGCGCGAGGGGGUGGACUUCUUUCAGACCUGGCUCCUCCGGCACCUGGUCUACGGCCUGCGACAGGCGCCACGUGAGUGGCACGACACGCUGCAUGCUACGCUAGCUGACCUGUGGUUCUUUCCAUGCUCUGUAGACCCCUCGCUCUUCAUUCGUGCUGGCCAGACUCCGUUCUACAUCCUUAUCUACGUAGACGACCUGGUCUUCGCUACUGCAUACAGAGACGCACUGGCCUCCCUGAAGGCCGAGCUGCUGAGGAGACACACCUACACUGACCUAAGAGAGCUGCGCCCAGGGCUCCCGUUAACAGGGUAAUUACCCUGACUUGACUUCAAUUCUUAGGUUUUUUUCCAAGCGAUCAGGGUUUUUGAAAGGCUUUUUGGAAGAUAGCCAUGAAAGAGUACGUGAAAUUUUCAAGUGGCUAGCUGAGGGACUUCCGCCUCGAGCCCACCGACGAGCGGAUCUCUCGUGCAGCAAAGCAGAGGCGGGAAACUCACCUUAGAGAAACAACACCCUCGCCCAGCAGUCUCCCACUAGGUCCCUCCCUUCCCUCACCUCCUCUCGUGUCGCUCACAAUACAUUGACCUAGAAGAACCCCUUCAGCUAGACACGGCCACUGUAUGUAUCGCUUUAGGCUCGCAAGAUUCAUAAGUUUCUGCAUAGUACUAGUCAAUAAUAGUUCUCAUCAACAAUGGACGACCUGAAUCUUUCGUUAGGCAAGGAAGGUGGCAAGGGGAAAACUGUUUCUCAGUCUAAGGUUCCAUGUCAAGAACGGACGACCAUUGAUCUCAACAGUAUUGAUUCAGUAGACAGUGACGAAGAGCCCUCUUCCUCCUGCCCCCAAUCCAUGCACGUUGAGCAGGCCAGGGUAGACUCUGACACCUUAGAACUUUACCCUGUUGGUACCUCAGAGAACUGGCCUAUCCACCGUCAUCCAUCCGACCCGAAUGUGGCCACAGUGCACCCGAGCACCUCAGUCCCAGUUAGGGCGAACCACCGCGGUCAUACGCAGCAGCGCCUGAAUUUUGCGCCACCUCCAUCUGGCAAGAAACGCAAGGGUGUUAGUGCCGUGGAGGAGGAACCCACCCCUCCCACUGAUCUGGCGGAAGCAUCCUCCUCUGACCCACCCAUUGUGGUUGAGGAGUUGCUGCUGAAAAAGUGGAUAGCCGAAUUCCCUUGGCUUCGCUUGCAGCUUGAGAAGUCGCUUGGAAAAUAUGGUAUGAAAUGUAGCGUCUGUGAGAAGUGGGCAGCAGACAAGUUCAACACCCCAUUCGGGCGGCCAGGACUAGAUCACAUAUUUCACAGGCCGACAUGACAUCCCCAUAAGCAUGUACCCCAUCUUGGCGUUGUGGUUGGUGGAGCUCGGUCUUGAGGACAUGCCACGGGUGGAGAAGAGCGGGACCUACUUUACAACCUGUUCGCACAAUCAUUACCCGUUUCCUUUUGUAGCCAUUGCCCGAAAGGUGGAGAUGAUUCCAAAAUGUGAAUUUUCUUCUCAGUUUUCACAGCCCUGCAUCCCCCACACUCCAGAGAGGCUUUGGCUGCAAAAGAUGCUGCAUCAAAGCUCCCAGAUCUUGAGGUCGUUGACCAAGUCAUCAAGACCACGGCUGAACAGCUCGGCCGUUCCAACGUCCGGCGCGAAAAGUUCCUCAAUCUGCAGUACGCCAUACGCAAGACCGACUUACAGGUGCUAGGCAUGAUAGCCAUUUGGUGGCUGUCCCGUGGUGAGGCGGUCAUGCGCUUCUGUGAGGUCCUUCCCAUCUUGUUGUGGAUUUGGAAUGAGGAGGAGCACGCCCUCUUCAAGACAGCUACAAGCUUCAAGUUCCACUUCAUGUUGUACCUACU